UCUCCAUCUUGGAAUUGGGAGGAAGAGGGAGAGGGAGAUCGGGACGAGACCAGGGCUCGGUUGCGGAGGGAAACUGAGACGGAGACGAGGAGAGGGAGAGAGGGCGCGAGGACAGCCGGCGGCAUCUUACCUACUAUUGUCCCGCUAUCCUCGAGAGAGAGAAGAGGCACGGGAGGAGGCUGGGGCGGGAGUGGGGGCUGUCACCCUCGGAUGCUGGUGUGAGAGGGGCCGUGCGGCCGGACGUCCUCGGGUUGGGCCCCCUGUUGGUGGCGGAAGACCCGGGGCUCAGCCACCUGGGUCCCGAAUUGCCAGGCUUGGCCCCUCGCGUCUCAGAUAUCCGGCAUCAGCCCCUCCGAUUCCAAAUAUCCGGGGUUCGGGUCCCAACCUUUCUAAACCUAGGGCUCUGUUGCAUAGCAUUUCAGCUAUUUGGGGUUCGGCCCAGACUUUUAAAUACCAGGUGCAGUCCCCUUGCGCUCAAAUAUUCGGGGUUCAGACCCCCACAAUCAGAAACCCAGAAUUCAGCAACUGUCGCCCUCGAAGAGGAGGAGGACUGGACCGCGAGGUCCUAUCAGGUUGUCACCCCCUCCCCACCAGGGGAGGCUUCCCGGGCCCACCCCUCAGGAAGGGCGAAAGCGGAGGAAGAGGUGGCAAGGGGAAGGGUCUCCUUGCCCCUCACCCUGCUCGGCAGAGCCGCUGGAGGACCCCAGGAGGAGGCGGAGGCGCUGGGGCACCAUAGUGACUCCUUCCAGGCCAGGCCCGACUCUCAGGGCCCCCGGGGGCCACCAUGCCGGCCGGGGGCCGGGCUGGGAGCCUAAAGGACCCUGAUGUGGCUGAGCUCUUCUUCAAGGAUGACCCUGAAAAGCUCUUCUCUGACCUCCGGGAAAUCGGCCAUGGCAGCUUCGGAGCCGUGUAUUUUGCCCGAGAUGUCCGAAACAGUGAGGUGGUGGCCAUCAAGAAGAUGUCCUACAGUGGGAAGCAGUCAAAUGAGAAGUGGCAAGAUAUCAUCAAGGAGGUGCGAUUCCUACAGAAACUUCGGCAUCCCAAUACCAUUCAGUACCGGGGCUGUUACCUGAGAGAACACACAGCUUGGCUGGUGAUGGAGUAUUGCUUGGGCUCAGCUUCUGACCUGCUAGAAGUGCACAAGAAGCCCCUCCAGGAAGUGGAGAUUGCAGCUGUGACCCAUGGGGCCCUUCAAGGCCUGGCUUACCUCCACUCCCACAACAUGAUCCACAGGGAUGUGAAGGCCGGGAACAUCCUGUUAUCGGAGCCAGGCUUGGUGAAGUUGGGGGACUUCGGCUCUGCAUCCAUCAUGGCACCUGCCAACUCCUUUGUGGGCACCCCAUACUGGAUGGCUCCGGAAGUGAUUCUGGCCAUGGAUGAAGGGCAGUAUGAUGGCAAGGUGGAUGUCUGGUCCUUGGGAAUAACCUGCAUCGAGCUGGCGGAACGGAAACCACCACUGUUUAACAUGAAUGCGAUGAGUGCCUUAUACCACAUUGCACAGAACGAGUCCCCUGUGCUCCAGUCAGGACACUGGUCUGAAUACUUCCGGAAUUUUGUCGAUUCCUGUCUCCAGAAAAUACCACAAGACAGGCCAACCUCAGAGGUUCUUCUCAAGCACCGUUUUGUCCUCCGGGAGCGACCACCCACAGUCAUCAUGGACCUAAUCCAGCGGACCAAGGAUGCUGUGCGGGAGCUGGACAACCUGCAGUACCGCAAGAUGAAGAAGAUUCUGUUCCAAGAGGCACCGAAUGGUCCUGGCGCUGAGGCCCCAGAGGAAGAAGAGGAAGCAGAACCCUACAUGCACCGAGCUGGGACCCUGACCAGUCUGGAGAGUAGCCACUCGGUGCCCAGCAUGUCCAUUAGCGCCUCCAGCCAGAGCAGCUCUGUCAAUAGUCUAGCUGAUGCCUCAGACAAUGAGGAAGAGGAGGAGGAGGAGGAAGAAGAGGAGGAGGAGGAAGGUCCCGAAGCUCGGGAGAUGGCUAUGAUGCAAGAAGGGGAGCACACAGUUACCUCCCACAGCUCCAUCAUCCACCGGCUGCCGGGCUCUGACAACCUUUAUGAUGACCCCUACCAACCAGAGAUCACCCCAAGCCCUAUCCAGCCACCCACAGCCCCGGCUCCCACCUCCACCACUUCUUCUGCUCGCCGCCGGGCCUACUGCCGCAACCGGGACCACUUUGCCACCAUCCGGACGGCCUCUCUGGUAAGCCGUCAGAUCCAGGAGCAUGAGCAGGACUCAGCCCUGCGAGAACAGCUGAGUGGCUAUAAGCGGAUGCGACGACAGCACCAGAAACAGCUGCUGGCCCUGGAGUCUCGGCUCAGGGGUGAACGCGAGGAGCAUAGUGCACGGCUGCAGCGGGAGCUCGAGGCACAACGGGCCGGCUUUGGGGCUGAGGCAGAAAAGCUGGCACGAAGGCACCAGGCUAUCGGUGAGAAGGAGGCACGGGCUGCCCAGACUGAGGAGCGUAAAUUCCAGCAGCACAUUCUCGGACAGCAGAAGAAAGAGCUGGCUGCCCUGCUGGAGGCACAAAAGAGGACCUACAAACUUCGAAAGGAGCAGCUAAAGGAGGAACUCCAGGAGAAUCCCAGCACACCCAAGCGGGAGAAGGCUGAGUGGCUUUUGCGACAGAAGGAACAGCUCCAGCAGUGCCAAGCAGAGGAGGAGGCAGGCUUGCUACGGCGGCAGCGGCAGUACUUUGAGCUGCAGUGUCGCCAGUAUAAGCGUAAGAUGCUGCUGGCCCGUCACAGCCUGGACCAGGACCUGUUGCGGGAGGACUUGAACAAGAAACAGACACAGAAGGACUUGGAGUGUGCGUUGCUGUUGCGGCAACAUGAGGCCACACGGGAGCUGGAGCUUCGGCAGCUCCAGGCUGUGCAGCGCACACGAGCUGAGCUCACCCGCCUGCAGCACCAGACGGAGCUGGGCAACCAGCUGGAGUAUAACAAGCGACGUGAGCAGGAGUUGCGGCAGAAGCAUGCGGCCCAGGUUCGCCAGCAGCCCAAGAGCCUCAAAGUACGUGCAGGCCAGCGCCCCCCGGGCCUCCCGCUCCCCGUUCCUGGGGCUCUGGGACCACCCAGCACAGGCACCCCUAGAGAAGAGCAGCCCUGCUCAUCUGGCCAGGCGGCAGUCCUGGACCAAGGACUGCUGGGAAAGGAGGAAGCAGUUCCUGAGAGAAGGAUUCUGGGAAAGGAAGGGGCCACCUUGGAGCCAGAGGAGCGGAGGAUUGUAGGGGAAGAAUCAGAACCCCCUAGUCCCAGUGCACAAGAACAUAGGAGUCUGAUUGAUGAAGAUGUUUGGGGUCUACCCAGGGAGGAAAUAGAAGAGUUUAGAGUCCCAUCCCUGACACCCCAGGAGAGGAACAUUGUGGGCCAGGAGGAAGCUGAAGCAUGGAGGUUGUGGGAUAAAGGCGAUGGAAGCCUUCUGGAUGAGGAGUUUGACCUUGGCUGGGUUCAGGCCCCAGCUCUAACCCCGGUCCCUGAGGAGGAGGAAGACGAGGAGGAGGGGGCUCCAAUUGGAACCCCUAGAGAUCCAGGUGAUGGCUGUCCUUCCCCAGACAUCCCUCCUGAGCCCCCUCCAACAUAUUUGAGAUCUGGCCCUGCCAGCCAGUUACCUGGGCUCCUGUCCCAUGGCCUCCUGACUGGCCUCUCCUUUGCAGUGGGCUCCUCCUCCGGCCUUUUGCCUCUACUGCUGCUGCUCCCACUGCUGGCAGCCCAGGGUGGAGGGGGCCUGCAGGCAGCACUGCUGGCCCUUGAGGUGGGCUUGGUGGGCCUGGGGGCCUCCUACCUGCUCUUUUGUACAGCUCUGCAUCUGCCUCACAGUAUAUUCCUACUCCUAGCCCAGGGUACUGCACUGGGGAUUGUUCUGGGCCUGAGCUGGCGCCGGGGCCUUAUGGGGGUGCCUCUGGGCCUUGGAGUUGCCUGGCUACUAGCUUGGCCGGGCCUGGCUCUGCCACUGGCGGCUGUGGCAGCGGGGGGCAAGUGGGUACGACAGCAGGGUCCACGGAUGCGCAGGGGCAUCUCUCGCCUCUGGUUGCGGGCUCUGCUUCACCUGUCACCCAUGGCCUUCCGGGCCCUGCAGGGUUGUGGGGCUGUUAGAGAUGGGGGCCUGUUUGCGCUCUACCCAAAGACCAACAAGAAUGGCUUCCGUAGCCGUCUCCCUGUACCUGGCACCCGGCGUGGCAGUGCCCGUACUGCCUAUCACCCAUUAGCCCUGUUGUCAAGAGUUUGGGCCCUGUGCAAGGGCUGGAACUGGCACCUGGCACGGGCCAGUCAGGGUUUAGCUUCUCACUUGCCCCCUUGGGCAAUCCACACACUGGCCAGCUGGGGCCUGCUGCGGGGUGAACGGCCCAGCCGCAUCCCCCGACUGCUCCCACGCAGCCAGCGCCGGCUGGGUCCCCCUGCCUCCCGUCAGCUACCUUCAGGGACUCUAACUGGGCGAAAGUCGAGAACCCGCCAAUCUCGUGCGCUUCCUCCCUGGAGGUGACCAGCCAGCUCUUCCUCAGCCCAGACCUAGAGAGCAUUGAGCACUUUAUCUCCCACUCCUCAGUGACGUUUCUCCAGAACCAGGUCCCCCUCUCUCCCGUCCCUCCUUCAGUUGACUCCCAGCCUCCCAGGCAGGCUGCCUCUGCCGCAGCGGGGCCUGGAGGUUACACUUUGUGUCCUCCCAAUGCUCCUCCCACCCUAAGUUAUUGCUGUCCUCCCACUGUGUGUGUGCGCUCAUCCUCACCCUCAUCAACUCAGGCCUGGGGCCAGGGGUGGCAGUGGGUGGACCACAGGUUGGGUUUUGGGGUUUUUUUUUUCUCCUCUUUGAUUUUGUUUUUCUGUCUCCCUUCCAACCUGUCCCCUUCCCCCUACCAAAAAAAAAAAAAGAUAAAAAGACAAACACAAAUAAAAUAUCUGAGCGGAACUGUACCUUUGG